GGAACCGUCUGGAGAGCAACUCGGAGCACUGGAGCGCGCUGCUGCUGUCGCUGCGGGAGCUCACCGAGUGGGUCAUCCGCAAGGACACGGAGCUCACGGGCCUCGGCCCCAUCGGCGGGGACGUGGCCGCGCUGCAGAAGCAGCAGGAUGACCACCGCGCCUUCCGCCGCCAGCUGGAGGACAAGCGGCCCGUGGUGGAGAACAACCUCCUGUCCGGCAGGCAGUACGUGGCCGGCGAGCCACCGCUCUCCGACACCUCCGACAGCGAAGCUGGGCGCGAGCUGGACGCCGACUCCCGCUACCGCUCGGCCGAGGAGCAGGCGCGCGAGCUGACGCGCUCCAUCCGGCGCGAGGUGGGGAAGCUGUCGGACACGUGGAACGCGCUCAUCGACCGCUCCGACGCCUGGCAGCGCCGCCUCGACGACAGCCUCGCCAAGAUGCGGGUGUUCCAGAAGAACUUGGAGGACCUGGCGAGCCGGCUGGCUGCGGCCGAGGCGCUGCGCGCCGCGUGGCAGAGCCCUGCAGACGCCUCCGAGGUGGGCGAGAUGCUGGAGCAGCUGCAGAAAUUUGGGGAACGUCUGGGGCCAAUCCAGCGAACAGUUGAGGAUGUAAAUGAUCAGGCUGCUCUAUUCACAUCCAGCAAUGUGCUUGUUUCUCAUUUGACCCUGAAUCGACUGGAAGACCUCAAUACCAGAUGGAAGCUGCUACAACUGGCAGUAGAUGAUCGCUACAAGCAACUAAGAGAUUUUGGUCAGGCUGGAGCACCACCCACUCAAGCUUUCCUUGCUGCGUCUGUAGAACCUCCCUGGGAGCGUGCACUCACGCCCAACAAAGUGCCUUACUACAUCAACCAUCAGUUGGAAACCACCCACUGGGACCAUCCAAAAAUGGUGGAGCUGAUGGGAACGUUAGCGCAGCUCAACGAAGUUCGAUUUUCUGCUUAUCGCACAGCAAUGAAGUUGCGAACUGUUCAGAAAAGGCUUUGCUUUGAUCUUUUGGGAUUAUCAUCAGCAAUAGAGCAGUUUGAUUCACAUGGUUUGCGAGCACAAAAUGAUAGACUUAUUGAUGUACCCGAUAUGGUGGCUGUUCUAAAUUCCCUGUAUGAACUAUUGGCCAAUGACAAUCCUGGUCUUGUUACCAAUAUACCACUUUGUGUAGAUUUAGCUGUAAAUUGGCUACUUAAUGUGUAUGACAGUCAGCGCACUGGGCAAAUUCGUGUUUUGUCCUUUAAAGUUGGACUUGUUGUUUUAUGUAAGGGCCAUUUGGAAGAAAAAUAUCGCUAUUUAUUUCGUUUAAUUGCCGAUCCCAGUAGACUGGUUGAUCAACGUAAGUUGGGUCUUUUAUUGCACGAUUGCAUUCAAGUGCCACGUCAGCUGGGUGAGGUUGCAGCAUUUGGUGGUUCAAACAUUGAACCUUCAGUGCGUUCAUGCUUUGAAAAAGCAGGCAAGGAUAAGAACUCCAUUGAGGCCAUCCAUUUCUUGAAUUGGCUUCAGCAGGAACCACAAAGCAUGGUUUGGUUGCCUGUUCUUCAUAGAUUAUCUGCAGCAGAAAAUGCUAAACACCAAGCGAAAUGCAAUAUUUGCAAAGAAUAUCCUAUUGUAGGAUUCAGGUACCGUUGUUUGAAGUGUUUCAACUUUGAUAUGUGUCAGAAUUGCUUCUUUUCUGGGCGCAAGGCUAAAAAUCAUAAACUCACGCAUCCUAUGCAAGAAUAUUGCACAGCUACAACAUCUGGAGAAGAUGUUCGAGACUUCACUAGAGCACUGCGCAACAAAUUUAAGUCAAAGCGUUAUUUCAAGAAACAUCCAAGGGUGGGCUACCUCCCUGUGCAGACAGUGCUUGAGGGAGAUGCCCUGGAGUCACCCGCACCCUCUCCCCAGCACUCAACUCUCAGCCAGGACAUGCACUCGCGCCUAGAAAUGUACGCAUCGCGGCUUGCAGAGGUGGAAUUGCGCACACGGAGCAGUUCCACCCCUGACUCGGAUGAGGAGCAUCAGCUGAUUGCGCAGUAUUGCCAGUCCCUGAACGGAGCCCCUCCGGCAGACGCCGCAGGAGGGUCUGUGCCAAGGUCUCCAGUGCAGAUCAUGGUGGCGAUUGAUGCUGAACAACGGGAGGAACUUGAAGCCAUGAUCAGGGAACUGGAAGAAGAGAAUGCUUCCCUCCAAGCAGAAUAUGACAGACUGCGAGCUAAACAGACACCAGGCUCUACGCCUGAAGACUCGGCAGGUGCAGUUCCCACUGGCAGGGCACCUGGUGCAGAUGUUGACAUGUUGGCUGAAGCUCGGCUACUUCGCCAACAUAAAGGUCGUUUGGAAGCACGAAUGCAGAUUCUAGAAGAUCACAAUCGACAAUUGGAGGCACAACUACAACGUCUCCGACAACUGUUGGAUGAGCCGGGUUCUGGAUCCCCAUCAAAGACUGGGACACUGCAGACUCGUUCAGUCACUGCUUCUCAACUGGCUACUGAUUCUCCAGCUAAAUUGAAUGGCCACUACCAUGAUGCUGGAGGCGGGCGCUGGGUGGAUGGUCCUGUAGGUGCUAGAAGCAGCCUUGAGCGUACUUCUGAUGGCCGCCCUCCGCCUCCUCCUGCUCUUGUCUCUGCCAGCAAUAGUGCUAGUGGGCAGGCAGCCGCUGGCUCCAGCCAGGCUUCUGCCCAGCAAAACAUUGGCAACUUAAUGCACAUGGCAGGGGAUCUUGGAAGAGCAGUUGGUGAGCUAGUAACUGUCAUGACUGAUGAAGAGCAAGCAUCUGCUAGUGAUGAACAGUGAAUGAAGAAGUGAUAAUCUUCAGUCUUCAAUGAAAUCUUGCAUCACAAGCAUAACAUAGCACAAUGAAAAUCAUAUCACACAUUUAAAUGCAACUUUCAAAAAUAAUGUAUCAUUAUGUAUGAGUUAGGUAAAAUAAGUAGGAAUCCAAACACAUCAUAACAUUACAUAUCUGUGAAAAAAAUGUGAGGAAAGGUGUAUUAAUAAUCAUUCUUUAGUUAUAAAAACAACUCGCAUUCAUAUUGUUAUACGUAAACCAGAUCAAUGUAAAUAUGUUUAUGUACAUGAUGGAUCUAUGAUGUGUUGACUGGGAUGCAUGUCUAUUUUCUUGUUCUGUUUCUAGCACUUCAGUGCUGCUCUUUCUGUAUUGCACAGUACUGUGUUGUAUGAUGAGAGAUUUAUGGACAGUUGUGGAUAGCAUAAUGUUGCAGACUUUUCAAAAGAGUGAUAUAAAGAUUUACUCUUUUAAUCUUUACAUAUCUAUAAAUACUGUGACAUUGAUAGUACUGACUUUCAUAUACUGUAUACACUCAUACAACUAUCUAAACUCAUGAAACGAACUUAUGGUAAUUUAGAAAGUAUUGUUUUCUUGAGCACAGUGUUACUCAAAAUGAGAAAUUACUUGUGGCACAACUCUGAGCAAAAAUGAAAAUAUCUCUUAUGGUAUUAGUGAGUAAGCGAUGUACUUCUGAAACUGCACUAAACUGUGUUAACUUGCAACACUGACUUUUUGGAGAUGAAUGUGUAUUUGGACAAAUAUGGUACUUUUUAUUAUUUUCCUAUACUGAUUUUGGCGUCUCUUUUCCUCAAAAGCUGAGGCAAAUGGUCUGCCAAUGGAAUUAAUGUUUUUCUGGUCACUGCUGUAGUUUCAUCUCUUCCUUGCUGUACAUAUAAACUAUGCUAAAAGUGUGAUCAAGGACCAUGUUUUGUCCUUAGUGUUAAGAGAGAGCCUGUGGUUUAUUCAGCAUAUUAUUUAGGGCAUUUCUCUACUGUUUUCUGUCAUGCAAGUGGGAGAAGUCUUAGUGUUUUGCUCAUGCAUACUAAACCAAAAGAGUGGGUUAAACAAGUUGCAACUUAUGAUAUUCAAAAAACAUUGCAUUUUGAUAUAUUAUUCAAAGUUGUAACUGUGUGGAUUUUGUUGAAAAGAUUUCUGUUAAGUCAUUAAGCAUUUUUCUACCACUUGUUUGUGGAAAACAGUUAAUACUAGAGAGGGUUCUUGGAGAGGGUACUCUCCUGUCCUUAACGCCCAUAUUGCAUCCACAGUGUUUUGUAUUAAUUGACUGCAGCCCGUGUUACUGUAUCCAUAGUUUUCUAAUGUUGAAUGCAUAAAUAUGUCUAAAUUACUAGAUACCUCAAAUUCCUAACACACAAUUAGGAUCAUCAAUGAUUUAUUCAAUAAAAAUUUGUAAACAUUCUUCUACUCCUGAACUUCAGAAAGUCUGUAAAGCUGUAGAGGAAAUAAAAUGUUAUGGUAGGGAUAUAGUUGAAAUUUGAUAAUUGGGUAGGUUGCUCAUAAAAAUGUCAAUUCUUUUCUUUUUUCUCUCUCUCUCUUUCUCUUUUGCAAUAUAAUUUUCAAAAGUUGUAUGUCAGAUGCUGUGGAAACCACACUAGAUACAUUUUGUGAUCUAUUUAAAGGAAAGUAGCAGUGUAUCAUCUCAUACUGUCAUAUAGCAUAAAAUUACAUCCCAAAUUAUUAGCAAUAGAGAUAUAUCAGUAGAAAUGUUCUCCCAAAUGACUACUUGUCAAUUUGAUGUUUGAAAGUAGUGAAUGCUUGUUUGAAAUUGGGAGAUGGAAAUUUGUGGAUGAAGUUUAUCCUGUGGAUGUUGUAUGAACACUAAGGAUGCAUUGUCUGCACUUGUGAUGAAAGUAUAAGAUUCUCGUUUGUACUUUCUCCAUGUUAUGCAGCAGCAUCUCAUAUCAGCACUUUAAUCUUAUGUUUGAUACUGACAUUUCUUAUUCAGGUGGUGAAAAUUAUUUUUUUAAAUAUUAUUACACAUCACAUAGAUGUAUUCAGUUUUUUAUUGUUAACCUCAAUGCUGAAUCGUUUUGAGUACUUGUAUUAUUGUUGAUAGAAUGACACAUGUUAAGUGUGUUAUUUUCGUAUGGUCUUUGAGAAUUUUGCAUAUUAUUGCAUAAUGUAAAAAUUUUAUUUAUCAGCAAACAAACUUCAUUUUAAUGUUUGUGUAGGAAAAUGUUAAGACAGUGUUUGACAAAUCAAUUAUGUCAAAUUCCUAUGUAAAUCACUAACAUCAACUCUUCUUGAAGUGUGAACUCGAAAACAGUUCAUCAUUUCAGAGUACUUGAAGGAAGCUGAAUGACUAGAAUACAAACCAGUCUUUUAUA